ACAUUAUUCACCAAAUAAUAUCAAAUUCAUUCCAUCUUUUCUUUACUACAUGUAAAGUAAUAAAAUUCACACCACAAAGAAGGCAUUAAAAAAGAGAACAUGGCUAGCCACGGUAAUGACAACCUUUUUAGCAGUGUCCAAAAUCAGAUGAGGAGAGAUGGCUCAGACGCACCUUCUGAUAUCCAUAACCAGAACCAAGGCUUCAUUCAAGAGACUGGGAAUCAAGUGAAGAACAUGGCACAAGGAGCAGCAGAUAUUGGAAAAGGAGCAGCACAAGGUGCAGUAAGCGUGGUUCGUGGAGCUGCCUUGGGUGCUGCUAACAUAGCUCAAGGUGCGGCUGAUGCUGUCAAGAAUACUGUUGGAGGAGCAAGUAAUGACAACGCCGCUACCGGCGGUAUCCCAAAUUACCUUGAUGAAUACCCCAAACACAAUCCAACUAACACCAAGAUUUAAGUCUUUUUUUCCUUUUGAAAAAUUGGUUUCGUCUUUUUCUUUUAGUACUACUACUACUAUUGUUGUAGCCUGUUUUGAGGUGUGGUUAAUUUGUUGUUUAGCACACACCAUGACCAUAGGCCUGUUAUUUUAUUUUUUUGUUUUAUACAAGUCUAUUGAGAA